AUGCGCAGUAGGAUAUUCCCCAGUUCGCAUUUUUGGUUAGAUGAGAUGACGAUUCGAGCCCAAACAAACUACGAGGAUUCACGGAACGACAGGGCAUUCGGGGCGAUGCGUAGUUUAAUGCGCAGAAGGAAUUCAUGGAAGAGCAAAGAACCAUUGCCAAACAGGUUCUUGGAUCGAUACGAGCAACUUGGUGGUGAUCGAAGUUUGAACGAGGCCCAGAGUAAACUGGGCAAAAUGCAACAAGAUCUGAACAACGCGGAACCAAACAAAUCGGUGAUUAGUCUGCGGAGCCAGCAAGGUCUCCUACUCCGCUCCUCCUCACCGGUGCGGUACUUUAGCAUGACCAUGUCACAUUGUUUUGGUCUGUCUAUUGAUUCACAAACUAAACCGGUUUAUGUGGUCCUUUGUCUAGCCGACGCAUUUUCCACCGUGUACGGUGCCACUUUCCUUCCCCCACCCCAUAUUUCUGCCUGGCUGUCCGCUUAUCGGUCUGUCUAUCAAGUAGUGUUCUAUGGCGAAGCUGUUCUGAAGAAAUUUAUCAAAAACAGAACGGAUGACUUUGAUUCCGAUGGGUCAUUCGACUCGGAACCCGAGGGCGCUGUCGAUGUCAAUGAUGGUUUGGCCUCUGCGGAACAGCCCACUGCGAACUCACCCAGCUCAUCGUUUGUGGGCUAUGCAAAGGUGAAAUAUGAAUAUGAAGGCAAUGGAUCCACAUAUUUGGCCGCCAAACCAGGUGAAAUGUUUUACGUGCGAGAAUUGGAUUCAUCCAAUUCCGGCUGGACCUCUGUCGUUUCACAGGAUGGCACACGGCAUGGCUUCGUUCCGACUAGUUUUAUUGAUGUCACAUUGUACUAG